AUGGCGAAGACUCCUGAACGUCAAUUACGUAACGUUCGCCAAUGGCAGCCGGCGACCCUCUUUUACCUGAGUGGCUUGGACCAGCGCAAGCUCCUGGUGCUGUGUGGAGAUCUGAAUGUGGCCCACCAAGAGAUUGAUCUCAAAAACCCCAAGGGUAACCGCAAGAACGCAGGCUUCACCCCUGAGGAACGGGAGGGCUUCACCAAACUUCUGGAGGCUGGUUUUACUGACAGUUUUCGGGAGCUGUAUCCGGAACAAGCCAAUGCCUACACCUUCUGGACCUACAUGAUGAAUGCUCGAGCCAAAAACGUCGGCUGGCGUUUGGACUACUUUUUGCUGUCGUCCGCCUUGCUCCCAGGUCUGUGUGACAGCAAGAUCCGAAACACAGCCAUGGGAAGUGACCACUGCCCUAUUACCUUGUAUUUGGCAGUGUAGAUCAGGUUUCUCAGGGCCUCAAGCUUUUCAGUUUCAUAUACAUCUGCAUAGACACAUAAGGAUCUAGUCCUGUUAGUCCUAGAAUAGUAUUUCCUUUCUAAAACCAAAUACAGGCCCACAUGUAGGAAUAUGUGUGGUGCAGACACCCAUUGAAAGGACUCGUGGAUAAAUUGUUUUGCAAUUUUGGAUCAUUCUGCUGUUAUUGGUCGCCUGAAAUCAGAUUUUGACACUAAAAUAUCACUAAAAAUCAUAAUUUCAAGCUCUUAUCCCACUUUAUAUUUGCAAUGUUUAAAAAAAAAACUCAGACUGUCUAAAUGACAAACACUGCCAAACUUAUCAGUGUUGAUUAUAUCAAAAUGUUUUGAAGCUUGUAAAAUACCUUGACCUGCAAGGAUAUAUGAUGUGUCUGAUUUGUAUGAAGUUAAAGAUCUUUGGAUUUUGUCUUUGGUGCUAUUUUAACCUCUGGAUUGUACAUUACUCUCGACUUGGUGAAGUUAGUGGUGGUUAAAUGUUACAUAUGCCACUUAGUUUCAAAAGACCAAUGAUUUUGCUUAUGUGCUGUUUUUUUCCCCCCCAGAGUGUGUGUCUGUAGCCAUUUUUCAG